AUGAUCGCAGAUCGACACGUUUUGGAAGCUUUCGAUGAAAUUGAAAGAAAUCUAGAGGUUUCCCUCCAACAAUCGGCUUUAGCGCAUCAAGACCAGGCUCCGUCAUCUAGAAAAUAUCAGUUACAGGUACUACAAGAUCAAUUAUGGCUCGUACAAAAUGAGGUUGCUCAGUUGAAGGACAGUUUAAGCAACGGAAAAACGCCCCGUUCUGUGAACUUUCCGGCGCUGGAAAGAGUGCUUCUCAAGCUCCAGGAGCAUAACGAAGAUACGCCUAGCGAUUUUGUCGCCGUCUCAAGCGAUGUGGAGGGGUCCGUUCGCACGGCGAUCGACCAAUACAUCUCGGUGUGCUUGUACUACUAUGUGGUUCAGAAAUCUCUACAAGAACUGCCUGUCAUAUCAGAUACAGCCAGGUAUUUUGGUGAUGUCCAUGACGGGACUCGUUGGUCGUUGCUAUAUGCCUUACAAGUAUUGCCAAAGAGAUUAAGUGGGUUUAUAAGGCGUGCUUAUGAAAAUGGAAGUGCACGUGACCUGAAGCUAAUGGGUCAACGAUGCUCUGAGUAUGUGCUUCGACAAGCCGAUAGAAUGGUUGUGGUGCAUAGUUUUCAGCUAGUGGGGCUUCCCAAGGAUCCCCGAAAGAUUGCCCGGUCGAUUUUGGCACUUCCACUCGCCGCUGUCCGUGAGGAAGUACAGCGCAAACACACGGCUGCAGAUGAGCUAUUCAAUGACACCACGAGGAAGUUGGGAAGUCUCAUAGGACAGUUUCCUCACACUAGCGAUAUGGAUGAACGGACAAAACUGCUAGCUUCGUUUCUGGGAUAUAGUCAAAAGAUAGGUCCUGAAAAUACGCCCAAUGGAUCAGAAAAAGUGAUGCUAAGUAUCAUUCCUAAGGCAACAGCAGCUUUUGAGACCGCUAGAUACACCAAAAAACCUGGUUUCUGGACUCGUUACUGGCCCGCUUUUUUUGCUGUUUUCGCCUACGGACCGGCAUCUGCCAUUGCAUUAUGGAAAUCUCGCUAUAAGAUUGCAAGGUUUUGCCAAGAAAAUGUCGUGGAUUUCUGCGCCGGACUUGUUCACAAUUGGAUCUGGGAACCCUUGAAACAGGUUUGGAGUACGGUUCGUCAUGACGAGAAAAACUCAACUAUUGCCAUCGCUUCGAAGGGCUCUCUGGAUUCCGAAUUUAGUUCCUUGACCAGAAUGGUGGUACAGCUUGUGGCAGAAAACUCACACGAAUCAGUUGAUUCCAACGCUCUCGUGGCACAGGUCCAAGCCGGAAACCUCACAGAAUUUAUGCAAAUUUAUGAGCACCAACUGCAUCACCCCAUUAAGAAUAUCUUGUCCGGAAAACUGGUUCGUUCGUUAUUAAUUCAAAUUCAGAAAACCAAAGUUGACGGCUCACUAGCGCUGAGUGGGAUUGAUCAACUACUACAGUCGCAACAAUUGGUGUUUGGAGUGGUCGCUAUGUCCCCGGCUGUGUUAAUCAUGUACGCACUUUGGACAUUCACCUAUCGCCUUGCUAAAUUGGGACGCGUGUGGUCGAACGCUGCACAAUUCAGAUUAAGGCUGUCGUCGAGCCUAAACAAUAUCGAAAGACUUUUGAACUACAAUGAGUAUGAUGUCAAUGUUACGGACAGAGACUUGAACACCGGCCUCUUAGCAUUGGAGUUAGUCUCUGCUCGUAGGUAUGGCGAUCGUCUAGUCCCAAAAAAUCGCAGAACUGAAUGGAUUAGGGAUGUUGGCGAACUGGUAGAUACAAAUUUGAGUCCUGCUGCGCGAUUAAAUGUGGUGAACCGAAUUUACCAUGUUUACGGCAGAUUUUUGACUUAA